AAAAAGCCCGCGAAAGCGUUAACACGUUCCCCACGGAUCUAAUCGAGCGCGCUACAGCGAUAGCAACAACUACAACCGCAACAACCACUCUCCCGCUCUCUUCUCUUGUGCUGCGCUCUCCCACUCUCUGGUCGUGGAACAUCAACAGUUAUUUUUACUACACCUGUGUUUCGUGUUUCGUGUUUUUUUUUUCUCUCGGUUCGCGUCGCUGCCAGCAGCUCCUUCAUUAAAAGAUAAGCGAGGCUUAAAAGGCAACAAUAACGCGUGUGUCGUGGCUAUGUGACAGCGUUUGCAUACAAAAAGAAACAGCAACAACUACAAGCAGAGCAGCAGCAGCAGAAGAAGACGAUAAAGAAGAGCGGCAAAAAAACAAGCUUACAUUGAAAGGGAAUCUAUUUGCCUGAAACAAAAAAAAAACAACAAAAAAAAAACGCCAUAAUGUCGCCACAAACAUCAGCGAAGACGCCCACACCACCCACAUUGCCACCGGGUGUGACCAAGACCUGUCACAUAGUGAAGCGAACCGAUUUCGAUGGCUAUGGCUUCAAUCUGCACUCGGAGAAGGUGAAGCCGGGACAGUUUAUUGGGAAGGUGGACGCCAAGUCGCCAGCAGAGUCGGCUGGCCUGAAGGAGGGCGAUCGCAUCCUGGAGGUGAACGGUGUGUCCAUUGGCAGUGAGACGCACAAGCAGGUGGUGGCCCGCAUCAAGGCGAUUGCCAGUGAGGUGCGCCUCCUGCUGAUCGAUGUGGAUGGCAAGCCCAUAGAGUUAUCGCCGCCCUCGCCAUCAGCCCUUUCCAAUUGCAGUGAGCCAACGAAUGGCAAUGUCACUCCGAAUGCGAAUGUGAAUGGGAAUGGAUACGAGGGAACCAAACAGGAGAUGCCCGGUGCCAGUGCCAAUAUCAGCAGCAUCAGCAUGGUGAGCAUGAAGCGAUCCUCGAAUGCCAGCAGCAUCCAGAGCGGCAGCACCAUGAAUGCCAGCGACCUGGAUGUGGUGGACAGGGGCAUUCCUCCACCGGUAGCUGUCGUUGUCCCUUCUCCACAGCAGAAUGGUAGCAAACCGUCCUCGCCGUCGCCGAUCAACAACAACACCCUGAUGAGCACACCGCCGCCACCAUCCGCCGCGGUGGCCACCAUGAACAGCAAUGGCAAUGUGUACAGCAGCUCCAAUGGCAACACAAAUGGCAUGGCCUCGCCCACAGCCACACCUACAGCCAUGACAGAGGCCCCGACAGCAACUCCCAUGUCGACGGCAGCGGCAGGAAACCGGGCGGGCAGCCUGAACCUUCCACCGACGGCGGCCGAGAUGCGGGCCAAGCUUGCCUCCAAGAAGAAGUACGAUCCGAAGAACGAGAGCGUCGACCUCAAGAAGAAGUUCGAUAUCAUACAGAAGCUCUGAGCGGACUCCCACUCAGCAGAAAGGCACCCGUACUUGUUAUAACUUUACACGAAGCAAACAACCGAAAAAGGUUCCCCGAAAUCUAUUUAGUACAUCGGCGAGGAGCAGCUGCAGCUGCAGCUGGAGCAGCAGCAGAGCAUAUAUAAUGUUUAACUAUUUAGUACGAGUCACUUAUGAACUAAGCAAGUUUUUAAUUAUUAUCCAUUAAGCAAGGACGCGAUAAAGGACAGAAGAAGAGAAGGAAAAGGAAUAUAUGUACCAUAUAUCCACGAUAUAUACCAUAUACGAUAUAGACAUCAUUUCAAGCUAUAAUAACGACCAACUCUCACAAAUCGGUGAGGGUUUGUGGUCGUCUCUUUGCAUUGUCGUUCAUUGAACAACUUACCCGUUGAAUAUGUAUUUAGUUUUGCGUAUUUUUUCCACAGUAAAUAAAGCAAAAUUAAAAAUAAAAAAAUAAAUAUA